UCUCCCAGCUCCCAUAUGUACCUUCAGUCUGAAAGUAAUAUGGAAGACAACAGCCAAUUUUCAGAAGAGUUGAAAAAGAAUGCUGAACUAGUUCACUGGAUCUGUAGUGUUCCUGUUGGAAUUACAAUCUGUAUUCUUGGCUUACUUGGCAACUCUGUAUCAGUUCUGGUUUGGACCCGGAUAAGACGCAGGAUGAGAGAAACCAAUUCUACCAUCAAAUAUUUUAUCAGCAUGGGACUAAUUGAUUCAGGACUCCUUAUAUUCUUCAUCCUUCACGACUCUAUCCCUGCAGCCGACCCUGGUUUCGUUCACACCUACUGGUUCUCCGCUCUCUACUCCUUCUUUUUCUUCCCGUUCUUCUUUAUCUUCCUGCUGUCAAGUAUCUGGAUUGUUGCUGCUGUAACUAUGGAUAGAUAUCUUCUCAUCGUUCUUCAGAUUAAAGUUUCUAAAACUUUAAACUCACUUAUUCUUUUCUCUCUCUUUUUUACAGGAUUUACCGUUAACCUUCCGCACUUCUUCUUCUUUAAACCGGUUCCUGCGGGGGACCAGUGGACCUGGGCUAAAACAGAGUAUGCUAAGACAGACGCAGCCUUCAGAUACGAGUUCUGGAUGCACUGUAUCUUUAUCAUUUUAAUCCCAUGGGUCUUCAUUGCAGUCCUCAACCUUCUCAUUGUCAAAUUUAUUCUCAAAACUUCAAACAAUAUUAAAUACUUGAUGAGCUCCGACUCUACAGGAACUACAGGUUUAAGCGUGAGCAAGGCGAGUCAUGAGAAGAGGAACAUGAAAGUGGAACAAGGGCUGGAAAGUCCGAUAUCCAAUUCUGAAAAAGCGUUUAAUAGGAGACAGGAUCAGAACCGUAGGACGACAUCUACACUAUUGACCGUGACCUUUACAUUCUUGAUUCUGCUCUUGUGGCAAUGUAUAGCACAGUGCUUCUGGAUGCAGGAAUGGCAUAAAAAUGACCUCCAAAACCCUAAGAUUUGGUUUGCUGUUGAUAUAAGUUUUGGUAUUGCUAAGCUUGGAAUUGUUUUCUACUCCAGUAUCAACUGUAUUCUCUACUUCCUCUCUGGUUCUCUUUUCCGGAAAGAACUGCGGAAACUAUUCCGUUGGUCAAUCUAAACCUGAACCUGAACCUAACCCUGAACCUGAACCUGAACCUGAACCUGAUCCUGAACCUGAUCCUUAACCUGAACCUGGCCUGAUUCUGAACCUGAUCCUGAACCUGAACCUGAUCCUGAACCUGAUCCUAAUCCUAUCCUAAACCUGAUCCAGAAUCUAUACCUGAACUUGAAGUUGAACCAACCUGAACGAAACCAAAAAAACACACUUUUAAUUAGUUUUCGUUGAUGUAACAUGCUUUUUAAGCCAAAAUUGACAUUUCUGAGAUUAAAGAAUAGAAUGCCUCAAAACAGAAUUUUAAAUUUAAAGCAACUGAAUAAACCAACUUAUAAAAAUAUUUUUCAAAAAAUCUUUUAUGGAAAAAGCGAAAUAUUUUUCUUUUAGAUCAUCAAUCUUAAAGCUAUUUCCGUUUCCGUUUUUUUUUUCACGGAUCCGAUGAACUUUAACAAUAUACAACAAUGACCUUUUAUCAAAAUUUAACCUGUAAAAAAUAAGCUUCUAGCUUUUUGUUCUUUUUUGCGUUUUAAAUGAAAAAUAAAGUGUAAUAAGACAACUUCGUAAGUUUAAAGCUUUUUGAAUUAUAGACCAUAAAAGGUCGAAUUACAGACCAAAAUAAGGUCGAAUUAUAGACCAAAAUAAGGUCGAAUUAUAGACCAAAAUAAGGUCGAAUUAUAAACCAAAAUAAAGUCAAAUUAUAGACUAAUAUAAUGAACCUCCGGACUUGACAUGUUUUCCAUUUUAAAAUUAUUUUCUCUUUUAAUGUGAUUCUGUAACAUUGUGCCAAAUAUUUACACUUCAUUUUAUUUAGAUCUAAUAUGUUUUCAAAACUAUCAAAAAUUUAAUAUCAAAAGUUCUUGGAAAGGGUUGGAUUAAAAAUUAUCAAUCAAAAGAAAAUUCCCAAUUUUGAAAUUUUGGCCCCAAUUAAAACAAAUAAAUCCAGAGUGUCAACAAAAGAAAAUAACGAUUAAAAAGGGUUUGAAAUGGUUUAUGGCACUCUAAGUACCAAUCUUAUGUGUAUCUUGUGCAGAGAUUAAAAAAAUGGUUUACCUUUUUAAAUCUAUGUAAUUCAUGCAUAUCAUACAUGUACGCAUUAUAUUCCAUGUGUUUGCGUUUUAUAAAAAAUAUACAUAUCAUAUAUGUA